GCAGUUCCGAUCGUCCAACGUUUUCAGCCUCGUCACAUUUGACCGUUCCGGUCCUUGGCGCAUUUUGGCCUCGUUAUCUAAAGUUCGUCCCGUUGUAUUAAAUUGCCGCAUGUUGGCUCCGCGUAAGACGCUCUACUCGACACCGCUGAGCGCCUUCCGCCGGGCGCUGGAGCUCGUGCACGUGGACGCCUCCGACGUGGUGUACGACCUGGGCUGCGGAGAUGGCCGGUUGCUGAUCGACGCCGCGCGGAGCUUCGGCGUGCGAGCUGUGGGAGUGGAGAUCAACCCAAAGCGGGCGCAACAAGCGCGGGAUGCAGCGGAGGCCGAUGGCGUGGGCCAUCUAGUGACGGUGCAUCAAGCGAAUGCGCUGGAAUUUGACAUCCCCGCGGAUGCCACUGUCGUUUUCCUCUUCCUCAUCAGCCGUGGCUUGUCGUUAAUGCGGCCAAAACUGGAGAAGUUGCAGGCGUGUCGAGUGAUCACGUACCUCUAUCGGAUCCCCAACCUAACGCCGAUGGAGAAGCACCUCGUGCCAGCCAGAGAACCGGAGCAGGAGGUCAGUCGAGAGCAGGAAGAGAAAAACGGCAAGAGUACGGUGGAUCCGGAGGAUGUGAUGUUCCCAGUAUACAUUUAUCACUUCCCUACGUCGCCAGAAUCGGCCAUGCGUCUCCCGUUGUCGACGGGGAAGUGAUCAACUAGAUUUUUUCAUCGUCUAUUAGCGCGGAAUAAACGGCUAGUGUUGCCAAGACGAUACCUCGGAUACCAUAUUACUUCGAAGUAUUCAAGAAAAAUCUUCGCAUCCUGCACGGGUGGCGCGAGGAAGAAGGGUCUCUUGUGGUGUUUUGCGAUGAAAACAGUGGAUAAUGCGACUUUGUAAGCCGUCUAACAGGUUUCUUGAAUUCUAUUCUUCUUUCGAUAUGUAUCCAUU